AAAACACUUGACUGUGGGGACAUACUUAGCGGCGCAGACUGCCAGCGAACAGGUGGAGCAGAAGGGUUGACAAGAUGCACGGGACAUACCCAAUUUUCGUUUUGAUUUUGACGUCACUGGCUGUAACACCCGUCACUUCCGAUGACGAUGACUUUCCAAUGUUUUGGGGGGAUGAUGAUUUUGGCGGAGGUGGAUUCUGGAACCCAUUUUCAGGAAAAGAUUACUAUGACGACGGGGGUGCUUAUGGGCCGAUGUCUUUCGGACCAGUUGGUCAUCAAUUUAAUACAGGAGGCUCCUCACCCCGCACAAACAUAGGAGCCUAUGGCCCAGAUGCCAAUCCUUUCAACGCUGGAGGGGACUCCUCCCAGGAGACAUUUGGUAACACUAACUUCGGAGACAUGGGCAGUUUUGGACCAACUGGCGAUCAGUUCGGUACAGGAGGCGAUUCGUCCGGGGAAAGAUUUGGAAAUGUUGGUGGCAUCCUUAAUCCUGGUGGAAGUUCUUCACAAGAGAAAUAUAUUGGGGACAAGUUUGGAAAUACUGGUAAUCUAGUUAAUACUGGAGGCGACUCAUCUGAAGAACGAUCUGGUGCUACCCACUUUGGAAACAUAGGUGGCGGGAGCGAUUCAAAUGAACAUACGUCAUGGCAGGGUAAUCGCCUGGAUUCCGAUUCUAGUGAAGAGGUGUCGCUGGUUAAAGGUGGUAAGGGAGAUUCGAGUGAGGAAAACACCAGGAAAACCGGAAGUCACAGCGGUAUUAUCAUAGGUCUACACGGUAGCGACAGCUCGGGAGGAACAUCCGGUGGAUCAUCUUCAGAAGGAAGGCCAACCGGCGGACGUUCUUCCAGUGGAGGUUCAAGUGGUGGAACAUCAAAUGGUGGAACAUCUUCAGGUGGAAGUUCCUCUUCAGGCGGUUACGGCUGGAGCAAGUGGGUGAUAAAGUUUGGCGUCUGCUCUGUAAAAUGUGGAUCAGGAAUACAGCAAGUGUGUAAAACAAGAACCUGUCUGUUAGGUGCCGCUAGAUGUCCCGGGAAAGCCCAAAUCAUCUACACCGUCGUCUGCAUUAUGCCAGUCUGCAAAACACCAGUUAACGGUUGCUGGUCGGCCUGGGUGGAGAUCGCAGGGCUGUGCUCCAAGCCAUGUGGGGGCGGCAGUCAGCUGGUGGUCCGGACCCGAACAUGCAACAACCCUGCCCCGAGCGGCGGUGGCCUAAAAUGCGAUGGCAAGUCAAGAAUCAUCAUUUUCCAACCCUGCAAUGUACAGUCGUGCUCGGAAAAAGUUCACGGAAAGUGGUCAGCGUGGGUGAUCAGUUACGGCCCAUGUACCGUGACCUGUGGUGGAGGUCAACGUAUGGUAAUGAAGAAAAGACAAUGCAAUAACCCACCACCAAGCAAUGGUGGGAAAAACUGUCAAGGGGAGGCAACUUCGAGCACGAUGGGAGUCUGUAACGCACAGAAAUGUCCUAAGCCAACUGUUGUUCAUGGUCAGUGGUCAGCGUGGGUGGUCAAGCAUUGGCCGUGUUCCACAUCAUGUGGAGGAGGCCGGCACCUAGUAACGAAGAGAAGGGAAUGCAAUAACCCACCACCCAGUAAUGGUGGAAAUAACUGUGAGGGGAAAGCAACUUUAGCCACAAUGGAAGUGUGUAACACACAUGCCUGUCCCAACCCUAUUGUCGUUGAUGGACAGUGGUCAGCGUGGGUGAUUAGUUAUGGGCCGUGCAGUGCGUCGUGUGGCGGAGGUCAACGUAUAAUAAUGAAGAAAAGACAAUGCAAUAACCCACCACCAAGCAAUGGUGGGAAAAACUGUCAAGGGGAGGCAACUUCGAGCACGACGGAUGUAUGUAACACACAGUUUUGUCCUAAACCUAUCGUUGAUGGACAGUGGUCAUUAUGGGUGAUCAAUUAUGGGCCGUGCAGUGUGUCGUGUGGUGGAGGUCAACGUAUGAUAAUGAAGAAAAGACAAUGCAAUAACCCACCACCAAGCAAUGGUGGGAAAAACUGUCAAGGGGAGGCAACUUCGAGCACGACGGAUGUAUGUAACACACAGUUCUGUCCUAAACCUAUCGUUGAUGGACAGUGGUCAGCGUGGGUGAUCAGUUACGGCCCAUGUACCGUGACCUGUGGUGGAGGUCAACGUAUGGUAAUGAAGAAAAGACAAUGCAAUAACCCACCACCAAGCAAUGGUGGGAAAAACUGUCAAGGGGAGGCAACUUCGAGCACGAUGGAUGUAUGUAACAAACAGACCUGUCCACAACCUGCCGUCGACGGACAGUGGUCAGCGUGGCUGAUCAAAUAUGGCCCAUGUUCCGUGACCUGUGGUGGAGGCCAGCGUUUAAUAGUGAAGACAAGAAAAUGCAAUAACCCACCUCCAAGCAAUGGUGGGAAAAACUGCCAAGGGGAGGCAACUGCGAGCACGAUGGAAUCGUGUAACGCACAGGCGUGUAAUGAACAUAAUGUUGUUCAUGGAAAGUGGUCAUUGUGGGUGGUCAGUUUUUAUGGCCCAUGUUCCGCGACCUGUGGAGGAGGCCAGCGUGUAAUUGUGAAGAUAAGACAAUGCAAUAACCCACCACCAAGCAAUGGUGGAAAAAACUGUCAAGGGGAGGCAACUUCGAACACGACUGAGAUGUGUAACAAACACACGUGUCCGACUAUUGUUCACGGAAAGUGGUCAUCGUGGGUGGUCAGUUUUGGACCGUGUUCUGCGACCUGCGGUGGAGGCCGACAGGUUGUUAUGAAGAAAAGGAAGUGUAACAACCCUCCGCCAAGCAAUGGGGGGAGACCCUGUGAGGGGGAAGCGACGUGGAGCAGCAUGGAAGUGUGUAACGCCCACAGUUGUUCCAAGCCUAACGUUGUCCAUGGGCGGUGGUCAGCGUGGGUGGUCAGUAACGGUCCGUGUUCCGCGACCUGCGGUGGAGGCCGGCGCGUCAUCUUGAGGGAAAGACGAUGCAAUAACCCCCCGCCGAGCAAUGGGGGGAAUUACUGUAAGGGUAACGCCUCGUACAGUAAGAUGGAAGCGUGUAACUCGCAGACCUGCCCCAAGCCCGUUGUUGUUCACGGACAGUGGUCACCGUGGGUGGUCAGUCAAGGUCCGUGCCCCGUCACGUGUGGCGGAAGUCAACGCGUGGUGAUGAAGAAGAGGUCGUGCAACAACCCGCCCCCUAGCAAUGGGGGGAAGUACUGCGAAGGUGACGCGACAGAGAGUAGGCUGGAAGUUUGUAACCCACAGAAAUGUCCUGCCGCUGUCAUUGACGGGCAUUGGUCAGCCUGGGUGGUCAGUUAUGGCCCCUGCUCCUCGUCGUGCGGUGCAGGUCAGCGAGAGGUGGUCAGAAGCCGGACAUGUACGAACCCACCCCCUAGCAAUGGGGGCGCCAUGUGUGUCGGGAUGUCUAUUGACCGCAGCACCCAGCCUUGUAUAACCAGCACCUGUCCGGGACAACCAGACACGGGAGUGUGUGUCGGAUCGAAGGUGGUUCACGGUGUCGGGUAUAACCCAGACAAAAGAGACUGCAGCAUGUAUGUGCAGUGCGUGUUCGACGACGAUAACGUCACUUCCGGCGUGUUCUACCGCCAGUGCCCGCACGGUUUGCACUGGGACCAGGAUUCUCUAACGUGCAGCCAGCCGACCAUCGCCAACUGUCCUUUCGACAAAUGUAAAGACCAGGCAAUGCGCAGCUACGCCACCAGCACGACGUGUAGCGGGUACUGGGAGUGUGAGGACGGGCGGUCGGUGGCCAGGUGCUGCCCUGCUGGCCAGGCGUACGGGGAAGACGGAUACUGCGUGCCCAGCACCAUGUGUCAUGACAUCUGUUCUAUUGCAGAUAUUUGUGACAAACGUUCCGUUCUGGGAGAACCUACAAUGUUUGAGCAGUACAUCGCCGGAAGUGGCUGGCAGGUGCUGUUGUGCAUGGCGGGGGAAUCGUUCGACGGCACCGUCUGUAUGUGCGUUCCAAACAGAUAUAACGGAACCGAGUGCAAGGCUGAGUUACACAUAACGUUUGACACCGGCGUCUCUGACGUGUCCCCCAACGCGAAUUACGUCGAGAACGACGGCGUUGUGUCUAUCAAUGGAACCGGCUACUUCAACGGCAAAAGUGGAAUGCGAAUACCGCGCUUCUCCAACGUCGACUACGGCAGCACGGUCGUGAUGAAGGUUCGCUACAAGGGGAAGGGAUUACCCACGAAACAAGAGGCGGUCGUCACCAACGCGGACUGCGGUUCAGAGGGGUCACUGUACAUCGCUCGACUGGCUAACGCCACCUACUUUGGAGAAAGGGACCACACUGGUACCCUGAAGACAGUCACCAUCCAGCACUCGAAUUCUGGUUGGAAAGAGGCGGUAUUUCAACUGUUUGAUGGGGAACUAUCUGGCACUGUGAACUCGGUUUCGUCAUUUAUAAAAAGUUCAGGCACUGUCAUGGAAACGAACUGCGCUAUACAGAUCGGAAGAGGAACCGGCUUUGAUAAUUUCCAUGGGUAUAUUGAUGAGCUGGCGAUAUACCUGUGCAAGCCAAUCUGAAUGAUUCCACACGAGCUGCUAUAACUUUCGGAGACAUCCGUCAAAUCUCAAGUGUUUUUGACUUACUUAAUUUAUUUGUGAUAAUAUACUCCAUAUGUGUUUUAUAUGAGCUAUUCGGCAAUGACAUUUGUUGCAGAACAAAUAUUCAUUUUACAGGCCCGUUGGGGAUAAUGUUGUAAUUGUGGGGUGGGGUGGGGUGGACGCAUAGGCUACAAAGAAGUCAGAAAAAGUUACUUGCCAACGUCAUGGAGAUUUUGAAAUUACCGACAAACGUUCAUUAAAAUUCAAAGACAAGAAACAGUGGUUUAUUUAUAAAAAAAUAUAAAAAAUUAUUGGGGUGGAGAACAUAUGUAGAAAGAACUGUGAUGUCAUAAUUUUAACUAUUAAUUAAAUGCAUCUUGUUAACUGUGACGAUCAGGGACAUGCUUCUUUGGGCGAUACCUAAACCACGGAUUUUAAAUAUAUUUUGGCAUUAAAUAUAUUUAUGUUCAUACAUUUGAAAACAACAACUACUAUAACUUCCGGACGGCGUAAGAGAUACAUACGUAGUCCGAUGUUGACAAGAUGGUUUACAGGAAGAUAAAAACAAUAGUGAAUACUCUUCUUGAUACAUAUAUAAAUACAUUUCAAUAAGCUUUCUUCAAAGGUGUAAGGAAUGUUUAACUGGGAGCGGGGUCACUUUCGUGGUCGACGUCCAUAGGGUAAUGCAUCCGUGGCUGGUGAUGUAUGCACCCAGAUAGUAUUGCCUACUGGUUUGUAUUAAAGUGCUAGAUUUGAGUAGAUGUAUAUUUAUUCACGGCUGUAGUAGUGAUUUCAAGUUUAUAUAAUACACUAAUAACUAGUUAGUAAUUGAUGUACAAUGUAUGUACCUUUAUGAACUUACAAACACCAUUUUAGCACAAUAGGAAAAUAAUUAAUACAGACGUUCAGGGAAAUUAUGAUGACUAGAAUUGUACAUUACAUAAGUAGCAAACGUUUUACUUUAUUUUGAUUAGAAAUG